CGGAGACUGCCGAACCACGGAGCGGGGCCGCCUAGAGGAGAGCCGAGCUGUCGGAGAGACCGGAAGUGGAGGAGCACCCGGAAGUAGCCGGCGUCUCAGAGAGACCGCCUGACAGACUCUGACAGGAUCCAGUGCUGCAGAAGGGAGGUGGCGGCCAUGGAGUUGGGCGAGCUGCUCUACAACAAGUCCGAGUACAUCGAGACGGCAUCUGGGAACAAAGUUAGUCGCCAGUCAGUGUUGUGUGGAAGCCAGAACAUCGUUCUUAAUGGCAAGACCAUUGUGAUGAAUGACUGUAUUAUCCGAGGGGAUCUGGCAAAUGUAAGAGUUGGACGCCAUUGUGUUGUGAAGAGUCGUAGUGUCAUAAGGCCACCAUUCAAGAAAUUCAGUAAAGGUGUUGCAUUCUUUCCAUUACAUAUUGGGGACCAUGUCUUUAUUGAGGAAGAUUGUGUGGUCAACGCAGCUCAGAUUGGUUCCUACGUUCAUGUUGGCAAGAACUGUGUGAUUGGGCGCCGGUGUGUGUUAAAAGACUGCUGCAAAAUUCUUGACAACACGGUAUUACCUCCAGAAACUGUGGUCCCACCAUUUACUGUCUUCUCAGGCUGCCCAGGACUCUUCUCAGGGGAGCUCCCGGAGUGUACUCAGGAGCUGAUGAUUGACGUCACCAAGAGCUACUACCAGAAGUUUUUGCCCCUGACACAAGUCUAGUGUCUCUGUGUCAUGUCUUGGAUUUGCUUGAGCUCUAAGAAUGAACCUGGGGACAGAGUAAGCCAGUCAGCAUCUACAAAGAACUCUUGUGUCUUUGACACCUUCUACCCUCCUUCUUUUAAAAACAUCCUUUAGAAUUUCUCAAUCCUUCAAGGCUCCAAACUCUUAAGAUUUUAAUAACAGAACAGCUGGAAGAGUUGUCUUCGGCCACUGUGCUUAUACCUUAUCUAUUUAUUAACAGUCACUUCAUACCAUUAUCUGUGGAACACAAGAGUCAUCUGUUCCCAACACUCCCACCCCUAGGUCCUGUGGAUGGCUGGAUCCUGCCUGAAACAGGCCUGCAGAGCAGCAGUAGUGCUCUCCCAGCCUGGAGGUCAUGUAGCUGCUAUGCUGCUCACAGCCAUAUACUAUCCACACUACCCAUUCACACAGGUGACGCUCAGCUUUCCUGCUGCUAACACAUUUUGCCAGUUGUUACAAUUGCUCUUAAUCCUUGGGAGGAAAGUGCGUGUGACUUUUCAGAGCCCAGAUUCCUAUUGGCUAUUAAAACUUGAAGAGAGGGAUGGUUAGUAUUUCUCUUCUUUCCAAAAUGACCUUAACCAUCCCAGGGUGGUUAAUAAAAGACUUUCUAGCAUUCUGGUCUAGGGCCUCUGGCUUUCACUAAAAAGGGGCAUCUCAACACCCCAGAUUUUACUUUUGCAAGGUUCCAGAUAGGAGUCUCCUGUGGAUUUCACUGAAGACACAUCAUUUGUAAACACUUGCUCCCUGGCUUAGAACCAUUCAACCUGUCCUAUAUUUGCCAUAAACCCCACAGUUCAGAGCAAAAUGUCUGUACUUUGAGCCCAAUCACAUAUAUUCAUGAAGAGCUUUUAAAAUCAUCUUGUGGGUACAGACUCCCCAAAGAGUAAAUGACAUUGCCAAAGCCAUUCUUACCAUCUCCUCUGGCUAAUAACAUAACCCUUCCUGGUUUUGCUCUGACCUAUGGUUUCAAAGGAAGAUUAAGAGGUGAGGGGCUGGGAAGGUUGGCCUUGCUUAAUGAUCUGAUCUGCUAUAAGUGAAUAGGGCAGAACAGUUCAGCUUUGAAGGCUAGAAUCUAGCAGGAACUAUCUUGACUUAAUAUCCAGUUGUGGAAUUUGCAAAAACAGCUAUAUGUAAUCAUCUCUACUAGUUCAAUUUAAAAUUCAUUUCUGGUUUGUCACUUUUUUAUGUUUGUACAUUAAAAUAUUGACACAUGGAACAAGUCAUUUGAAAGUGAUCACUUUCCACCUCCAGUGACAACUGCUGCCAUUCCUCAGGCACUUUGUUGCAUGCCUAGUGCAGUGCCAUGGGCUUUACCUUCACUAGCCUGUUUAUUUCCUAUACCAAUUCAGUCAGGUGGGUGUUAUUUCCACUUCACAGAUGAGAAAAAUCUCUUAAGACAUUAGCUAACUUGGUCCAACCUAUAGAGUGAAGAAAUGACUGAUCCAGGAAUCACACCAUGCCUAUCUGGACCUGCAGCUUUUGCUCUUCAGCUCUGCCCUGAAAAAAUGAGACAAGCUUGUUUUGGAGCACAUGUGCUAUAUGUUCUGUCUUAUACCAGCAGUUUAUAAUGGUUGUAACUUUUUUUUUUUUUUUUUGGUGAUAUCCUGGCAUCUCCCCCAUGUCCUUUCCUCUUUUGUGCCACCAAAAAGGUGAAUCUUGGAAUUGGCAGAGUUCAGAUGCUCUCUAGGCUAACCUCUUGGAAACCUUCCAGAUCAUAUCUAACAUUACCAUCCAGCCUGUGUUAGCUUGUCACUUUAUGCAACUGACUCUCCAUUUUGUUGACAAACAACUGAAGUCAAGAGAAAGUGGGUUUAUUUUUUUUUUGAGCCUUUUAAAACAAACAUAAUUUUAAAAUCUUUAAGUAAUUCAAGCAUAUGAUUAUAAAAAGCCAAUCAGUAAGAGAGGGAGAUAUAAUGAAAUUUGAUCUUCCCAAUCUAGAAUCCCAGUCCCACGUUCUACUUCCAGAGCCUACCUACCUCUCUGAACAGUUUUUGCUCUGUCCUCUAAGAAAUAGUCUGUGCAUGCAUGAACAGGUAUAGAUGUGUACUCCAGCCUCUUUUUAUUCAUACAAUGGGAGCACUCUCUAUGUACUCUUCUAUGCCUUGUUUCUUUUGCUUACUAUAUCUUAAAGAUUGUUACAUAUUGGCACUUAUGGGUGAUAAAAAAUAGCAAUUGCAAAUACUUAUAGAGUGUUUAUCCUGCACCAGAUACUCUUCUGAGUUGUAUAUAUUUAUUAAUUCCUUUAAUUCUUACCAUUAACUAUGAAGUAGAUAUAGUUAUUAUCCCCAAGGAACAGUGAUUAAGUAAAUUGCCAAAUUUAUACAGCUUAAAGUAACAGUGAAUCCAGGCAUUAUGGCUAUAGAGCCCAUACUUUUAACCUCCAUGUUAUGAUGCCUUUUAUUUCCCAAAAUUGUGUCAUCUGGCCAGCCCUUGCUGAACAGGAAGCUAAGAAAGUGAGUAUUUUGCAUUCUCAGCCAGGCAAGGAUAAAGGAGGUUGGAAGUGGGUACUGGGUGCACCAUCCAACAUUGUCUGCUGUAGGCAGGAAGCCUAGCAUCCCCUCUGAGAAGAUGUCUCCUCCCAAUGUGCCCUGUUGUCUUGCAGCUACAGUUGUGGUCUGGCCAGUUAAAUGGGAGAACAGGUUUCUAGGUGAGACAAGAAUCUAGUUUAGAACUCUUUGUUGCAAGUGACAGAAAUCCAGUUUGAACCAGUUUAGGCAAAAAAUGGGUUUUAUUGGCUUAUACAACAUAUCAUGGAAAAGACUAUCUUGAGCAGCAAUAUAAUGUGAACCUUGGGCAAGUUACUUAAUCUCUGUGCCCUGGUAUCCUAAACUGUAUAACGAGAAUAACAGUAGCACCUCAGAGAGUUGGUGUGGAUUCGAUGAGAUAUUAUGUAAACAUUAAGGACAGUUCUUGGCACUUAGAAAGUACUCUGUAAAUAACAACUUACUAUCAUUGCAGGAACUAUGUCCUAAGAUUUAAACCUCAUCAGGGCUUUUUGUUUUUUAUAUCUUUUUCACCUUCCCAGUAGUAAAGACUGGGCUUCUGUAGCAGAGAGACCACCAAAACACAGUGGCUCAGAUGAGAUAGACAUUUAUUUUUCUCACCCUAACAGUAUAGACAUAGGCAGGUGGUCCAGGGCAGGUAAGUCAGGUGGCUAGGUUCCACGAUGUCAUCAGGCACCCAGGUGCCUACUGUCUUGUUAUGUGGCUACAUUUAGCGAAAAGGAAGGCUAUAAAUUUAGUCUUUAUUUGGGCAGCGUAGUCUCUGAGGGAGGAGGUUCCAGUAGUAAAAAGGAGAGGGAGAGAAUGGACCUUGGGAGAAGCAAGCAAACCUGAUCAGGCCUCUGUGUUGGCUUCCUUUCCUCCUGCUGCAAGUGGGCCUUUUUCAUGCAUUUGGGGACGUGACAGCUCACAGCUCCAGAUUUAUAUUCUCCCCACUUGGUGACCCUGAAUGAAAGGUUUUUUUCCCUUCCAGUUCUAAUUUGGAAAAUCUCAGAGAAGGUUCUCAGUGUCGUGAACUUUCCAUGCCUUGAAUCAGUCACUGUGGCCAAGGAUGUUCAGCCAUAUGAUUAACCCAAUCGGCAUCAUGGCCUUUCCUUUAUCCCCCCAUGGCAGGGAACAGCAGAGUCCAUUACAAAAACAAGGUGCUGGGAAGACAAAAACAAUAGCUACUACAAAUAGUGAAUGACUCUGUAAUUAUGUACUGAUAUUGUUUGAAAGUGUGUUGACAGUCGGGGGAGCAUGUAUCCUAGGAAAGACCAGCUGGACUCUGUCUCCAUGGUGGCCCUCACCCCAGGGACAGUCUGUCACAAGACAAUUACUCUUUUAACCCUAGAGAAAAAAGUCUUUUUGUCUCGAGAAUACUCCCAGAAGAGUAGACAGAGGGAAAGACCCUGGUUGAGACUUGUUCCAAUUGGCUUAGGGCAGAGAGGGAAUUUAUUGGCUCAUGUAGCUGAAAAGGCCAGGGCUCAAUUGGAUUUACCAGGACUCAAAACAGUGUUAUCAGAGACCUGUCUCUCUGUGGCACUCAGUUCUGGUUUCCUUUGAGUUGGCUUUAUUCUCAGGCUUUACAUAGUGACCCCACACCUUCAGUUAUUGGUGGAAAGAGCUCCCCACUUUGCUGACAAAAUCCCUGGAUUUGGUUCUCUUUGGUCUAGACCAGGAAGGCCUCAAGUCAUCAGUGUGGCCAAAAAGGUGGACUACACUGAGUGGCUAGGCCUAGCAUGUAUCUACCUGAACUGGUACCUAGUAGUUGUGGUGCAGGUGAUAUUUCCAGAAGGGGACGAAUGAGUAGUGGGCGGGAAAAAUCAUUAGGUGUCCAGUAGGCCUUGUCCCUUUCUCCAAGCUCUUAACUUUCCUCCCUCUCCCUGCUGACCCUCAGUCUCUCAGUACUCUUGGUCUUGGGAGCUAUCUUCUGAAGAUACUCCUGAAGAGAUACCUGGGUGUAGAUUAGGGAGCAGAGAGAGGAUGUUGCUUAGCCAAAGUGGGGUAUUUAAUAAAGAGCCAUUUGUAGGAUAGUCUUCUGUCUGGAAUUGCUUCCGCAUGAUCCCCGAAGCACCUUAUGGGAGGGGCUCUAUGAAGAGUUUUAGCUAUGUAUCUGUGUUCUUUCUGAGCCCCCGCUAGUUGUGAGUUCCUGAGGAGUCAGGUGUAUGCAUGUGGGUUAUUCAGCACGUACUUACUUGGAGCAAUUGGCUGGAUGUGAACCCUCUCACCCCAGACCCCACUCUAGCUUCAGAUAACCCUCAUGUUGCAGGAUCCCUGGUUCACGGAACAGGUUGAAUGAUUGAGUUGUGAGCCUCCUAGUGACCGAUUCGACUUUACAUGGCUGCACAGAGCCCUUAUGGUUGUUUGGGGUUGGUGAUGGCCCCUGAAUUAGUCACUUCUGUAUGAACAAAUUCACUCAUGACUUGAGGCCACAGUUCCUCUCCUAGUCACUGACCCAUCUGGGUGAUGGCAGACUUGAAA